GUCCGUCCCCUCCGCGGCCCUUCCGGCGGGCGCUGCCGGAAUCAGGGAGGCCGUCCCCGGGACACCGCUUGUCCUCGCUUCCUGCUGCCGCUGCCCACCCCGCCGCCGGUCCCCCUCCCUCCCCUCAUGGCGGUGGAGCGCUCGGGCACCGGCCCCUCCCACUGCCCGCUCCGGCCUCCCCCUGCUCCGUCUCCUCCUCUUUGUUCGUGCGCGGCCGCGGCCGCGGGGUCCCUCCCUGCGGGGAUGUGAGGGACGGCGACCGCAGAAACCUAACAUUGAAAUAUUUAAGAAGCGAAUGCCUCUGGAUUUUGGAACAAAAUUGUGAGUUUGUAUGGAAAAAAUGCUGUGGCUGUUCCCAAGCUCUCUUACAAACUGAUUUCAAUGUUUCAGUGUUGCAUCUUCAUGUGUUGAGUAACAGAAGUUCUACUGUUCCUUGAUCAAUGUGACAGUCUGUAGUAGUUUACGAGAUGAGCCAAACUCGUGGGAAAUAUGACUUCUGUAUUGGUCUGGUGUUGGCUAUGAGUUCCAGCAUUUUCAUUGGAGGAAGUUUCAUCCUAAAAAAGAAAGGCCUUCUCCGGUUAGCUAGGAAAGGCUCCAUGAGAGCAGGUCAAGGUGGUCAUGCGUACCUUAAGGAGUGGCUGUGGUGGGCUGGACUUCUUUCAAUGGGAGCGGGCGAAGUAGCCAACUUUGCUGCCUAUGCUUUUGCACCAGCUACGUUAGUGACUCCUUUAGGAGCUCUCAGUGUUCUUGUAAGUGCCAUUCUGUCAUCCUUCUUUUUAAAUGAAAAACUUAAUCUACAUGGAAAAAUAGGGUGUUUGCUAAGUAUACUGGGAUCAACUGUGAUGGUAAUUCACGCUCCACAAGAAGAGGAAGUAGAAACCUUAAAUGAAAUGUCCCACAAACUAGGUGAUCCAGGUUUUGUGGUCUUCGCAACCGUUGUUGUCAUUGUGUCUUUAAUUCUAAUAUUUGUGGUGGGACCUCGCCAUGGACAGACCAACAUUCUCGUGUACAUAACAAUUUGCUCUGUAAUUGGAGCAUUAUCAGUCUCCUGUGUGAAAGGUUUGGGCAUCACUAUAAAGGAACUCUUUGCAGGAAAACCAGUGCUGAACCAUCCCUUGUCUUGGAUUCUGCUGCUAAGCCUUAUUGUCUGUGUGAGCACGCAGAUCAACUAUUUAAACAGGGCUCUGGAUAUAUUCAACACUUCGAUAGUGACUCCAAUAUAUUACGUAAUCUUUACAACAUCUGUUUUAACUUGUUCUGCCAUCCUUUUCAAGGAAUGGCAACACAUGGAGGCUGAUGACAUUAUUGGCACCUUCAGUGGCUUCCUGACUAUUAUUGUGGGGAUCUUUUUAUUGCAUGCCUUCAAAGAUGUGAAUUUCACCCUGGCAAAUCUGCCCGUCUCUUUGCGGAAAGAUGACAGAGCAGCAAAUGGUACUUUGCCGAGCACGUACGACUGCUUUAAUCAUGAUGAAGAAAGUCUGGCCUGUCUGGGUGAAAUGCAGUCCACUGAGAGCCUCUCAGCCAGGAGAAAUGGAAGUCUGUCAGCCUUCUGAAAAUAGCUACAUGGUACUUAAGAACAGUUCCGUAACUCUGGAAUAUUUUUUUCUGCCGUGAAACGUCUGAGCUUGUCUGGAAAAUCAUGUACUUUUUAACAGUAUGUGUAGACAAUCGUUAAGUUUGAUUAGUUUGGAUAAAGAACACUGAAGGGGUUUUUAUUUGCCUUAUUUUUACUUUAAGAAGAAAUACUAAAAUGACCUCAGACCACAGUUGGGUUUGUUGCUUAAGUUAUGUGUAAAUACUUUCAUUUCAUUCUUCUGUUCUAAGAUGUAUUGCACUAAUGACAGUUUUAUCAAAAAUAAAUUGCUUUAUUUCUGCAUUGGUGGUAAAAA